AGGAGGCGCGGGGAGGGCAGGGGAUGUCCUGCCGCGGCGAGGCCCGGGGGACGGCGCUGGAGACGGGCUCGGGGCCCGGCCGUCCGUCGGCCAUGCGGCCGCCCUGCGCCGUGGGCCUGGUUUUCGCCGGCUGCUGCAGCAACGUCAUCUUCCUGGAGCUCCUGGCCCGGCGGUUUCCAGGAUGCGGGAACAUCGUGACUUUUGCACAGUUUUUAUUUAUAGCGGUGGAAGGCUUUAUCUUCGAAGCUGACCUGGGAAGGAAGCAGCCAGCCAUUCCGAUAAGGUACUAUGCCAUCAUGGUGACCAUGUUCUUCACUGUCAGUGUGGUGAAUAAUUAUGCCCUGAACCUCAACAUCGCCAUGCCACUGCAUAUGAUAUUUAGAUCAGGUUCUCUAAUUGCCAACAUGAUUCUAGGCAUCAUCAUUUUGAAAAAAAGGUACAGCGUAUCCAAAUACACCUCCAUUGCUCUGGUGUCGGUGGGGAUUUUUAUCUGCACUCUGAUGUCUGCAAAACAAGUGGCUUCCGAGUCCAGUCUGAGUGAAGAUGAUGGGUUCCAGGCAUUUGCAUGGUGGUUAUUAGGUAUAGGGGCACUGACCUUUGCCCUUUUGAUGUCUGCCCGGAUGGGGAUCUUCCAGGAGACACUAUAUAAGCAGUUUGGAAAACACUCCAAAGAGGCUUUGUUUUACAAUCAUGCAUUACCAUUACCUGGCUUCCUCUUCCUUGCUUCGGAUAUUUAUGAACAUGCAAUUCUUUUCAGCCAGUCUGAACCGUACCAAGUCCCAGUCCUUGGAGUGACUAUGCCCAUCAUGUGGUUCUACCUCCUCAUGAACAUCAUCACCCAGUACGUGUGCAUCCGAGGAGUGUUCAUCCUCACGACAGAAUGUGCCUCCCUGACGGUCACGCUGGUUGUGACGCUGCGCAAGUUCGUCAGUCUCAUUUUUUCCAUCCUCUACUUCCAGAACCCUUUCACGCCCUGGCACUGGCUGGGCACCCUGUGCGUCUUCAUCGGGACCCUGAUGUACACGGAAGUGUGGAAGAACCUCGGGGCCGCCUGGGGUCGGUCCCACAAGGAGGACAAGAAGGAGUGAAGGCCACCGGGGUCGGGGGGGUGGGUGGUCAGCUCUCUGACGGUGGGAAGACCGAGGUUGGGGAUAGGGUGACCGGCUGGCCCCCGUUUUACUUGUUCGAUCGCUUACGUUUCCCAGCGUGGAACAGAACUUUCAGCCGGGAAUCCUCUGAACCUGAGGAAUUCCGGAGCUCUGGCCAUGGGAGCAGUCACGCCUCAUGGACCACCAACACGUCAGCCCUCAAAUAGUGACGGGCUUUUAGCUCCAGCCUCUUGAACAGCAUUUCCUUCCUUUCUUUGCUUUUCCAAAACUAUCAAGGUGAUUACCUCUCAGUUAGUUUCCGGGGGUGUGGGAAUCCCUAGUUUUUUGCCCCUCUCUCAGGUUGUAUUACUCAUUUUGCUGCUACUCCUCUGCCACAGCUGCCCUAGUCUUGCCCUCCCCUUGCCCCGCCCUCAGCAGCCGCCCUGAAAUGUGGGUCACCCUGCACAAUCAGAAGAAAUCAGCAAGAGGUUGAGAAAGAAUCGUCACCCAUUUGGGUUUCUGCCAAGAGACUGGGGAAGAGAACAGUUGUUUAGUGCGGUAGCCUGAUCAUAGACUUGGUGACAAUCCCUUUGCUCUGUUUGAUUCUUUGCUUCUUCCCCCUACUUCCCUAUAUACGACGAAGAUGAUACGAUUCCCUGAUAAUGCCGCUCAGCGGCGGGAAAGAAUGAAGAGGCAUGGUUGGAUCCGUGGCCACUCAUGGGGAGGUCAGGGACUGGACUCUUUACUCGCCCAACGAGAAAAAAUAUAAGACUUGUACCAAGGCAGCAUUGAGGAAGCUUUCCCAGACUGUCCAGUCAACAGCUGCACAGAAGCUGUUUCAGAAUUUAAAGACUGUUAUCCAGCAUUCCGGUCUCCGUAAGAUGCUAGAGAAAUGCUUGUAGACUAAGGAGGGUCGAACAGCUUAGUAACUGACCAUCAGCUUUCUAUACGUAGAAGCGGUAAAGCGAGAGUCAGUUAAGCUACUAAAUAGGUUAUAGCCAUUUUAUGGAAAACCUCGUUGAGUGAAGUCACACACCAGUUAAGAUUAAGGUGUUUCAUGAAGCAACACUAGGACUCGCUGAGUACUGUUACUUGUUUUUUCCUUUUUUACUGCCUGUCUUUGGAGGCCUCAUAGCCCAUGGGUUCCAAGGUAGAGUACCAUGAUCCUCCUCUGCUGUCGAUGUCUCUGUGGGGUGCUCGGCCCCAAGCCCAGAAAUCCCUUCUCGCCCCUUAACCUGAGGUGUCGAUUUAAAGGGGUGGAGGUCUUGCCACUUGUUACAACUCAGAGAAGGGUGUGCCCACCAAGACCAUUUAGGGAAAUGUUGUUUUAGAGAAUCUGAGAAUUCGGCAGGCCAUUUCCUUAUGAUUUUGGACUUGGGAUCGUUCUUCCCGUUUUCAUACUCGGAUUUUUUAGGAAGAGACAUUAAAGUGCUUCAUAAAUCAACGUGGUAUUUUCUUGAAUCCCUUGGUUUGAUACCUGAGUCUUGUCGGUCUAGAGGAGGGAAUGCACUAUCUCAAGAGGCCAUAUUCUCUCAUUAAAUCUCUCUCCCUCGAUCUUGCUCACCGCAGUCAUUUGAUUUCCUGACCGUACGAGCCAUUUAACACAGCUUCUGCUCGGGCUGAGGCGUCUGAGUUUUUCUUCCUUAGGGAUGAAGAAGAUCGUCUCUGAUCAGCUGUUACCAGUUUUUAUGGCAGGUUCACAGUGUAUGAGCAGAACAGGCUACUUGUCCAUGUCAUUUUCCCCCUCUCCCCCCAAUUGUUGUGGAGUAUCAGGGCCCCUUCCUCUCAUCUGACCUAGAGGCUUUACAGAAACCUGUCUAGAAGGUAAGAAUUCAGAAACCUUGCCCAGCUGUGACCCUGAAUGCGUGGCUGCCUUUGCCUGUCGGCUUCAGGCUUAUCUGAACGGUGGAGCGGUUUCUUUAUCUGCCUAAAUGACAGGGCAAUGAGAUGGCCUUAUAUUGAUGUUGAUGUGAACACCCCGGUGCCAGCAAUUUCUGGGGCCAAAAAAUUUCAGUAUGGCCCUAGGGGGACUCAAAAGUGUGUGGAGAUCCUUGGCUACAAAAUGUUUUUAUACUUUCAUUUCAAAGAACCUACAGGGUAUUCUUAAUGUGAAAUGCGAUUGAGCUAUUCUCUCUGUGUAGGGGCCAGAUUAUGUUUAAUGGGGUAAACAGCUGAAGAAAUAUGACUUGCCUCCUCCUCCAACAGCAGCAGCACUUAGCUUCCAUUUAGACAGUUGUAAGUAAUACAUGUUUACAGGAGUAAUUCAAAUCUGGGUGUUCUGCAUGAAUAUCAUAAAACUGGGUCCAUUAAGUUUGCGAUUCCAUUUUUGGAGCUGAAUCUACUUCCCUGAAUCAGUUCACAACUUCCAGUUGAACAGAAACACUGCGUACCGAUGAAUCAUAAAAAAGACCUCAAAGCCAAGCUCGGCCUGCCCAGGGCCAAACUAAUGGCAGUUUGAAUUUUUUUUUCCCCAGCAUCUACAUUUGCUUAAUGGCUUUGAUCAUAUAGAGUUGGAAGAGAUGACGACAGUUCAGAUGGCCCCAUCCCCUCUCUCCAGGCAGGUGAAUAACUAAGCUGUCAGUGUGAUCUAUUAUCUUUUUAAAAGACCUCUAGAGGUGAAGACUUAACCUACCUCAGUAGUUUGUUUCAGGGGUUGUCAUUCUGCCAGACCUUCCUUCGCGGCUAAGGGAACCGUUGUCUUUGGGCUGUCUUUGUUUAAGCUCUUGUCCUCUGUGGAUGGCUGGUCUGUAUCCUCUUCAUACAUUUGAAGACAGGUCCUACAGGAAAGGUCAGAAGGAUUGUGGUUGGACUAAAGAUUGACUAAGUAUUUCUUUUCCGUCCCUUUAAUUUCUUUGAUUUCAUGUCUCUAAACAUGAUGGUCUCUGGACCCUCCACAUUUUCUCCUCCAAGGGCAAUCAUUCAAUCAGUGGUAUUUAUUGAGCACUUACCUCGUGCAGAGCAGUGUGUGCUAAGUGCUUGGGGGAGUACAAUACAACAGACUUAGCGGUCGCAUUCCCUGCCUUUAGCGGGCACUCACAGAAAUUGGUCAGCAUAGCACAUUAAAAGGAACUGACUAUAAAUACAGAGUUUAGUAAAAAGAUUACUUCCUUGUUCUCACGUGACAUACUUAUUAAUACUGUGUUACCAUGUUGUCUUUUUUUAAUACCAGUUCACUUAUGAGCUUCCAGCCAGUUAUCUCCCUUCUUGUAUUGGGGUUUUUUUCCUCAUCCUUAGGUGCAUUACUUUCUAUCUACCCCUCUUCUUUCUUCUUUUGUCAGACCCUUUUUCCAAUUUACCACAGCUCUUUGAAUUGCACUGGUGUCCCACCCGAUUUCUAGUAAUGGUAGAAACAACAUCAGUGCCUUCUGUCCCAUUUCAAAUUAGGCCGAGCUGGUGCCAACAGGGAAUUUUGCUGUGAGACUCCAGUCUCUGGGGAGAGGGUUUUCUCGACAGCUGCUACGUGAAGGUGCUGGCGUCUCUGUGCCUCCGAGCUUGGCCGACUGCCAGCCUGCCUGGACUCUGAGGACACGAGUGGCGGCCCAGAGAAGACAAAAGACUCGGCAGUCGAGUGACUGGGCUACUGGGGAACACUCCAGUGCCACUCAAGGCAUUUGUUCCCUCUGCAAAGCCUCACUUCCUCCCCUUAGCUUGGUGCCUGACCUUCGGCCUGCCUCCUGCAGGUUGGGGUGACCAUCCACCCCAAGCAGUCAUGACUGGAAAAGUCAGGGAAUGGUGCAGCUCAUCAGAUUUUCCUUCUUAGCAAUUAGUAGGGAAACUGGCCUCUCGAGUAGAUCUAGUUCUGCUGAAUUUAUUUACUUCUGCCUCCUCCGCAUGAUUUCCCCUUCCUCCCACCCCCAAUUUUUGAGGAGACGACAAGACUGUUUUGUAAUCAUUGAGAGUGGCGGGUGCUGGGGUAGGAAGAGGAGGUCGAGAGCAAGCUAAAGGUUCAAAUACAGGUUCCUGGAGUUUCUUCACUGAGACAUAGGAACUCCUGGGUAGGAAGAGAAGUGGAGGUUCAUUAAUUGAAUGCCUAUUAGCCACAGUACAUAUAAUAGAGUCUUUCUAUUGCACUCUCUCAAGUGUCCUCUUACCUAUCUCUUCCUUCUUUCCUCCCUUUCUUUUUCCUCAUGCUCCAUUUAUUACUAGAUUUAAUUCUUAUGUGCCCCUGUAGAAAAGCCCCUCCCCUGAAUUGGUGUUCCGAGACAUACCGAUAUGUGGGAAGAUUAUGCAAGUAAAAUUGGUACUUUUCUUUUCACCCAAUUUUCUUCCCUGGUUAUCAGGCCACAGCGAAAGGUCCGAGGCCCCCAGCCCUCUCUGGUGUCUUAAUUAGUCUAUUGCCUCAUUCUAAUUCCUGUUAGAGGGGCAAGAAAGCUCAGAAGAGAGCAUUGAUUCCUCUAUUUGCUUUCCCUCCUCCACCAGGGAUAUCUCGGCAUGUUGAGCCCUUGCGCGUCUACAUCUUGAAGACUUAGUCUCGAACUACGAAGGCAGUAAAAUGCUAUGUACCAAAUACAGAGCAAAGAGCAAAAUUGCAAGUGACUUGGGCCUGAAAGAUAUUAAGAAGUAGCUCCCUGUGUGUGCUCAUGCCCUCACCUAAUCCAACAGUAAUUUGACAGACAUAAUGAACUGGAAGUAAAGAAUGUGAUGAUGGAUUGUAGCUUCAUGUCAGGCUAUAUUUCAUUACCUAAGGUCUUUAAGGUCUUUCCCCUUUUUAUAUUAUGACUUCAUAUUGAUGCAUGGGAUGUGUUUUCUUCCUUUAGGGUCCUGUAUUGCUUUGUCUUUGACUGAAAUUACCAUUACUGUUUAUGUAUGUGCUUGUGAAUAUUUACGAGAGACUCCUGGGUUCUGAAGUCUUCAGUCACUGCCUAGAAGCUGUUACCCAUCAAUCAAGAGUAUUUAUUGAGCACUCCAUGCAGAAAGCACAAUAGUUAGCCAACAUGAUCACUGCCUUCAAGGGGCCGAUGUUUCCCUUCCCAAUUUUUGUCACAACUCUCCAAUAAUUUGUUCACGGGCCCUGCUCUCCCUCCCUACUAGACUGUGAGCCUCAUGUGGGACAGGGCCUGUGUCUGAUCUGAUUCUCUUGUAUCUACCCCAGUGCUCGGUACCAUGCUUAGCACACAGUAAGUGCUUAACAAAUGCCACAGUCGCUGCUGUUAUUAUCAGAUGGUUUUUUGGCCAAUGCCACAAGCAAGAGGAGCAUGGAAACUGAUCUGGGCUAGCUAGAGUAAAUCAUUCCGUAGUUCUGAUACGGUUAGAAGACUGCACAGUGUCAUUUCUUUUUUUAAGAGCACCAAAAAACUUGAGCAAAUGUAAAAAUUUACAUUUUUGAAAAAACAAAAUAUGAAGAGCUGAUAUGAGAAUUAUUUCUUGGGUUGUUUUUUUUAAAAUCUCAUUACUAGUAAAUGCACACAAUUAAAGAAUGUUCAUCUCAAAGACUGAUUGGACCUUGCUUGAUAUUCCAUCUCUUGCAGGACCAGGUAUGAGUUUUCAGGUGCUUGAAAGGGGCCAUAAUCUGUAGUCCCUUCCUGCCUGCUUACAGAGGAUCUAGUAAAAGGGAUUUACGAGGUUGGAAGUAUUUUGCUUCUUGAUGUUGACACAUGAUUUUCUUCUCAAUUUUUAGUGCAUUAAAGCUGGGCCACUGAUUUUUAUUUGGGCAUAAAUUCCUAAUGGGUAAACAACUUAGAGGGUAUCUGUUUUGUUCUCAGGGCUGCCCCGACUUCCCUUACAGCAAUAUACUUGCCGUUUAGAGCUUCUGAGCCUCAGUUUGCCCACCAGCAGACUGAAUGUUAGAAAGAUUCCCCGGCCACAGACUAUAUAGGUGGGUUUGCAGAUAUUGAAGGGGGGCAAAACCUACUGAAAUAGAUUGGCUGGUGGGAAGCUUGUGUGAUUUUAUAUAUAUAAAUAUGCAUAUGUAUGUUUAGCUAGGAUUCUGUAACCUUACUAAGCAGUACAUUUUCUCUCUGACGGCAAGCCGACUGUAACGGGGCCUCCUGGAGUGAGUACCGAGCUAAUGCCGAGGUGCGGGAGGUUUGUUUCUCCCUGGUGCUGGUUGGCUGGUUGGCUCUGGGACACGUUUCUUGCUUUUGGUACAGGUUGGUCCCUCACCUGGGAAGUCCAGGUAAUAACACAGCCCUGGAUCUCCAAGUACGUCUGUGGGUUGUUUGUCAGAUGCUCAGGUUUUUGCCCCACAGGCUGAUCAGGUGACUUUGGGUCCUCCCCGGUGACCUGUCCCCCAAGAUUUCUGGGUUUUCUGACUGGCACGUGAAGCAGCAGGGAAGGGGAGGAGGAAACCUAUGAGGAGGUCGCACUCAUUUCCUCCAGUCACUGGGGAGCCCUCGAAGUGUUUGUGACAGAGGAUCGCCUAGGCGAGAUCGGGACGCACCCAAUUUUCUAAACUCAUGAUGACUGCUGCGACUCGCUCACCAUGUCUUCCUUUUGACCUCCCUCAGGCUCACCUUGACGGAUGUGCUUUCUUAAAUGCUUAAUCAAUUGUAUUUACUGAGUGCUUAUUGGAUGCAAAUACUGUACUAAGUGCUUGGGAGAGUACAAUGUAACAACAAUAUAACAGAGUUAGACAAAGAACACACUGCCCCUGGCCCAAUCGUCCACCUGGCUAUUUCCUGUAUGAUUCACCAAAAGACAGAACCUGGAAUAAUCUUUUUCAUUUUGCCUGUCUUUGGGCAAGGUCUGAUUGCAAUACUAAAGCUCUGAUUACUUUGAAAUUGAAAUUUGCUUUUUCUGCAUUUUGUAUUCUAUUUACCUGUUUGCCAUUCCCUCCAGGUGCUGUACGAACUCCUACUUCCAGCCUUUUGCUUGCCCAGCAUUGUCAGAUGUCCCUUAUCUGGUGGAAGUAUGGAACACUGAUUAAUUAUCAAGAGUUUGGGGUCAGUAGGUCACCGGAGCCUCCUAAAAGCCCAUCCAGACUAAUCCCCACCCCCAACUAAUGUGAGAAUGAUGUUUGACGGGGCAAGUGUUUAAAGAGUCUGAGUUUGAAAGAAUCAUGGUGAGGGUAGUGAGUUUUUCAAUUUUCUGCCAAAUUUUGCAUAUUUUUGCAAACAGGCAGGAAAAGGGGUAGUGGGGCUGAGAUGCCUCCAGGCAGGUUUGUAAAAAGCAAGGAACUUCAUGGCUUGAAAGAAAAAUAAAAAGCUUUGAAGAUUCCUUUGGGGUACUGAAUUCCAUUUCUCCUGAAAUGUAAAAACCAACUCCUGUGACAAAACAGAAGCAGUCCUGGUUGUCUUAAGUGCAAUAAAGAUGUCUUAGUAAA